ACCAAAUCUGGACCAUGCAGACAGCAUGCUUCUAGUCCUUUACGCUCCAUUGGAAGCAACCUAAUAUAGUGAAAGCCAUCCAGUUGACAGAGGUUGAGCUUAAUGAACUUAUGAACAUGAGUCUCCUGCAAAGUCAAAUGCCACUAAACAUUUUGGAAUGAUUCUAAUAAGAUAUUAAACUCUUCUUACAUGAUUAUUAACAUGAAAAGCUAUUGUUUAUGUAGCAUAUAUGUUGCCAAAAAUGAGCCUAGAGGGAGGCCCUACUUCAUGAGUAUUUCUGCUAACCCUAUGUGGUUUUCUACCCAACUUUUUGAAGGGGAAGACCCAUAACUUCAUCUUAUCUCCAAUACCCCCUUCUUACGAGCUACUGAAAAUGUUACAAUGUUCCAUGAUUGCCUGACUAAAGGGAAUAAAAUAAAAAAAAUGCCUAUUAACAAAGCUGGUGAAGGCAAUGUCUAUCCAAAUCACUUUGUGGUUAGACCCUCAGUUUCUAUUGAUGCUCUACAGUGAACUUCAUAUGCAGCAUGAUUAGGCAGGCCUACUUCAGCAGAACUAUUUAUAGUACACCAAGCUCUCAUCAACCAGGAAGUUUAAAGUGCGCAUCUCUUAUUCAAAUUGAUUCUUUUGGUUCCUGUUCCAUCUCGUCUUUCCUUUCGAUCAGCUCAUUCGGUUGAAUCUGAGCUUCUCUUGCUUGUUCUUUCCCUUUCUUUCAGCAUGGACUUGAGCUCCAGAAUUACUGAGUCCACCAUGUCAAAUAGCCGAUGAUUUUUGUUUGAUAUUGAUCUUGGACACACAUUCUCAACAUAGGCAGCCUUCAAAUGUCUCCUGUGAUGCUGUUUUUGACAGUGCUUUGUGCAGUUCUUGCCAUUACCCUUGGCGAUAAUUCAACAGAUUCCUACAGGCUUCUGAGGAUCAAAUCAGAACUUUUUGAUCCUCUAGAAGUACUAGACAACUGGUCUCCUAGAGCUGACAUGUGCAGUUGGAAUGGAUUGACAUGCUCAUAUGAUGAUGCAAAUCUUGUGGGCUUGAACCUAUCAAGGUCAGGAUUAUCAGGUACCAUUUCUCACGAAUUUGGAUAUCUAACUUCACUUGAGAUGCUUGAUUUGUCCUCGAAUUCCAUCACUGGCUUAAUCCCCAUUGAGCUUGGACAGCUUCAAAAUCUAAGGAUUCUGCUGCUAUACUCAAAUUAUCUCUCAGGCCAGAUUCCUGCUGAGUUAGGACGACUCAAGACUUUGCAAGUUCUGAGAAUAGGAGAUAACAUGCUAUCAGGUGAAAUCCCGACAAGUAUUGGCAAUUUGUCUGAAUUACAAGUAUUGGGUCUUGGCUAUUGCCAGUUAAAUGGAAGUAUUCCAAUUGAGAUUGGUUACUUGAAGCAUCUGAUAUCGCUCGACUUGCAAUUAAACGGUCUCAGUGGUUUCAUACCUGAAGAGAUUCGUGGCUGCUUGGAGCUUCAAAAUUUUUCUGCAUCAAACAACAGGCUUGAAGGAGUUAUUUCUGCUUCAAUGGGGAAGCUAGUCUCACUUCAAGUAUUGAAUCUGGAGAAUAACACCCUUUCUGGAUCGAUUCCUAUUGAGUUAAGUCAUCUCUCCAACUUGAGGUACUUGAAUUUGCUUGGCAAUAGAUUGAAUGGUGAAAUUCCGUCAGAAAUGAACCAAAUGGUUCAGCUUGAGAUACUUGACUUAUCAGAAAAUAACAUUUCAGGGAACAUAAUCCUUCUCAACACCAAGUUGAAGAAUCUUGAAACUCUAGUUUUGUCUGGCAAUGCAUUGACAGGCAGCAUUCCAAGCAACUUCUGCCUCAGUAAUUCAAAGCUGCGACAACUUUUCCUAGCGCGAAAUAAGUUAUCUGGGGAAUUCCCAUUGGAGCUACUGAACUGCUCCUCUCUCCAACAACUAGACCUUUCUGAUAACAGCUUUGAAGGAAAGCUACCAUCUGCAGGUUUGGACACCCUAAAGGAUUUAACAGAUCUUGUACUAAACAGUAACGGCUUUAGUGGAAGUCUACCUCCUGAAAUUGGAAACCUGAGCAACCUCGAAAGUCUUUAUCUAUUUGGCAACAUGAUCACUGGGAGAAUUCCAGCACAAUUCGGCAAGCUUCGGAGGCUGAGCACCAUCUACCUUUAUGAUAACCAGUUGUCUGGAAAAAUACCAAGAGAGUUAACAAACUGUACCAGCUUAACUGAGAUUGAUUUCUUUGGAAACCAGUUAAUAGGGUCCAUUCCUGAAACAAUUGGGAGGCUUAAAAAUCUAGUAAUGCUUCAAUUGAGACAGAAUGACUUGUCAGGUCCUAUUCCUCCUAGCUUGGGCUACUGCAAAAGGCUUCAGAUAUUGGCCCUGGCAGAUAACAAUCUCUCUGGAUUAUUGCCUCCAACAUUCAGAUUUCUUUCGGAGCUUAACAAGAUCACUCUCUACAAUAACUCCUUUGAAGGUCCUCUCCCUGCAUCUCUCUACCUUCUCAAAAAACUCAGAAUCAUCAAUUUUUCUCACAACAGGUUCAGUGGACCUCUGUCUCCUCUUACUGGCUCUAAUUCUCUGACUGCCUUAGACUUAACCAAUAAUAGCUUCUCUGGUCUUAUUCCUUCCGCACUAGCCAGGUCCAGAAACCUGAGCCGUCUCCGCCUUGCACACAAUCAUCUUAAUGGCAGCAUUCCUUCUCAGUUUCUCCAACUUACAGAACUCAAUUUUCUUGAUUUAUCAUUCAACAAUCUCACGGGAGAAGUAGGGCUUCAGCUUUCAAGAUGUUAUCAACUUGAGCACCUCCUGCUUAACAAAAACCAGUUUUCAGGAACAAUGCCAGCUUGGUUUGGGAGAUUACAAAAACUUGGGGAGUUAGACCUCUCAUGCAAUAACUUCCAUGGAACAGUGCCUCCAGAGCUUGGAAACUGUUCAAGAUUGCUUAAACUCUCUCUCCAUAACAACAACCUUUCAGGCCACAUCCCACCAGAGAUUGGAAACCUUUCUGCUCUCAAUGUACUCAAUCUGCAAAGAAACAACCUUUCAGGUUCCAUUCCUUCAACAAUUCAGCAAUGCAGGAAGCUUUUCGAGCUGAGGCUUUCGGAGAACUUCUUGUCCGGUUCAAUCCCAGCUGACCUAGGAAGACUAACUGAAUUGCAGGUGAUAUUGGAUCUGAGUAAGAAUCUAUUGUCAGGAGAAAUCCCACCAUCUCUAGGAGAUCUCUUGAAAUUGGAAAGAUUGAACCUCUCCUUCAAUCAAUUCCAAGGAGAAGUACCUUCUUCACUUGGAAAGCUGACUAGCCUUUACAUGCUAAACCUGUCAUAUAAUGAUCAUCUUGAGGGCCAAAUUCCUUCAACUUUUUCAGGAUUCCCACCUAGUUCUUUCUUUGGUAAUGAGAAGCUAUGCGGCCCACCGUUACUAUCGUGCCUCAAGACAUCAGGGCAAGUGAGAAAGAGACUUUCUGAUACUGCAGUUGUGGGGAUAAUGGUGGCCAUUGUCUUUACUUCCAUUGUAAUAUGUUUGGUCAUGCUUUAUAUAAUGGUAAGGAUGUGGUGCAACUGGAGAAAAGUUUUGAUAUCAAGUAUGGAUGGUAGUGGGACAGAAGAAAAGAGAGAGGAAGAAGAGUGGGUUUAUGGAGAUGAAAAGGGAAGGAAUGAUGAGUACUGGAAAGUGAACUCCUUGUGACUACAUCAAAUACCUAGAACAACAUGCAUAUUUCACCUCCUAAGUAGAUAUAAAAGCCAUAAGUCACACUUUAGUCUGAGCAGUUGCAGCUCUUCUAUUCUCUUCUACCCCUUAUUACUUAUGAUCUCUCUACCAUUUUUGUUUUUUUCUAUUCUAGAUUCACUUAUUUUCUUCUCGUUUUUCGAUGUUCUUAUGGAUGGAUCAUCAAAAGGCUUAUUUUCUACUUGUUUUUCGA